ACGAACAUGUAACUCACCUGAUCUACCUGCAAACACGCUGAACCACCAACCAAAUAGCAUGCCCUCCUUGUUUUAACGGGCUUGGGACCGUCCAUGCACCGGCAAGUCGAGUGCACAGGCCAAGUUACAUGCAUAAGCCCUAUUCUAGAACAACACGCAAGCAUAGUCAAAGACAAGACAAGUCAAAGACGGUCAAGAGCCCAGACGAUCCAACUUAAUCAAGUACCAUCCAUGCAACUUCCUCGUACUAAUGCAGGCAGCUACAAGCAAGAUAACGAUCCAACUAACGCGUCGAGGGACUAUAACGUCCUCACACUAUUACAGGCAGCAACAAGCAACACGGAUCCUUCCUGGCAUUCAAAAUAUUUCCAACACGCAUGCAGCGCGAGAACCAGUACAAGGAUAACAAGUCGUCCAAUAUUAGGGAGAUGCAUUACAGACUGAAGGAUGAAUGGAAGACCGAGAGCGAGCAAUCAACCCAGAAACUCCAGUAGGCACUACCCGACCUUCUAAUCCAUCAAUGCUGAGAGCACAACGAACAAUAUUUUCAUUCACGUUCAACACUACAGGCACAUAUGGGAGGGCAUAAUCCAAGUAAUCCUUCGUCGAAAGCAACGAAACUCACCCACCCUGCAUAGGCCACCUGCAAUAUGGCGAGAUCCAAGGCUCACUACCUCCAACCAAAAGAAUCACCAAAAGUCUCCUGUUGAGAUAUGAACAGGUAACACGAUGUUCAUGUGAAGAAAGCAAUCAAGCAAACCAAGCCCUGGAUGGAAACCAGUAUGACAGAAGAAUCAGGAGCUAGGCAAGUCCAAAUCAACCCUCCGGUUAGACAUCCAACUACUGCUGGAAAAAAAGCGUGAUAAAACUCAACACUCGUAGCAGUGAUACACAAUGAAACUAUAAAUCAAAUGCUCAUAGCAUCAGAAAUAAACACCAAUUAUCGCGUUGCUCUGGAGCAUUUCCAAUACUCCCAUGCUGCAGCAAUUGCCUUGUAGAAUCAUAAAACACCAGGAUCACCAAUGAGACAAACAAAUAGCUGGGGGAGAACUACAACCACAAUGUUGACAAUGGCAAAGAUUUAUUGACAGCAAAGCAGAGCAUCAUUUAUUGAACUAACAUGGUACAGAGAUUACAACCAUGAGAACCACCAAACCAUGCUGGUCAGCAGACGCUAAUAGCAAUACUUCGAACAGGAGGAAUGACGCCAUUCUAGACCAGUGUACCCUUACAAUGAAAAGCAAGAGCAGCCAACAGCAAGCCAGAGGAUGUCAGGACACCACAAGCUCAUAUCCAUGCUCUGGUCAGAUAUGGAUAUGAUAGACAAACCAAAUGUCAUACACUCUAAACGGUUCAUUCUGAGAAUGAAAAGCAAGAAAUCACCAUCGCCCAACCAGUGCAAUACAACUCAUUACAGCGCUCUUAACCAAGAGAGUGAAGUCAUACUACUAUAAAACUGGGAGAGCAAGAAACCCGUACUUGAAGUCAGAUCCUGUAGACUAAGCCAGUAAGGUAGAAAAGCCAAAAGGACGAGCACUACAUUAUCUUCGAAUGUACCUAUACCUAGUGCCAGUUUCCCAGAAACGUUCUUUCCUUUGUCGAUGCCACCCAACAACCAAAAAGGAUGAGCUAACCUCGGAAGUAGUAGGACCAAAUCAGCAGAAACAACGACCCAUUAACAUGCAGAAAUCAGUGUGGCCUCACAAACAUGUCAACGAACACUUGGAACCUACAAGUCAGCACAUAACCAAGUCAUUUGGAAAGAACAUCACAGAAAAAAAGGGACUUGUCAUCUCCGAUCUCAGGCAGUAAGAUCCAAUCGCAGUAAUAUCUGCAUGGAAAACAUAAUUUUGAUGAAGGUAGGUCCAAAAUACCAACAGAACAGUGAACAAAAGGCACAUGCAGAAGGUCAAUGGAAACGCUAGUGGAUCUUCCACUAGCUCAGCGGAAAUAGACAUCAAACAAAUGCAAUCAACAACCACACAUGGAAAACAAAGGAAAAAAGUAGACUGCGGCCUAAAGGUUCAGUAUCUUAACAGAUAAAAAAUAAGAUGAGAGUGUGGGGCAGAGCAAUAUGUAGAACAGUCUAAAGGAGCACCCUGCAUGAACCCUCAAUUCGUGACAACAGAUAUAACGAAGGUACGAUAUCAUAUCUCACUAGGGAUCUAAGCGUGAAAAGGGUGCAAAAUCAACCAACGAGCAGGCAGCCAACCCAAAAGAAGCCAACUACAAAAUUACCACCAACAGAAACCAUUGAAAAAAGCCACGAAUCCUUCCCCAACCUGACCAUCCUGUACCGCUGCACCGAGAUAAUACCGCAAACCCAAAGUGCACCAUGUCACCAUUUUUCCGAACAGCAGAAAACUACCUAUAAUGAAGCACAGACUAUUCACAAAACCUCCCAACCACAAUUCCAACUUGCCUAAACAUGGCAGCUAAAACGCCCAAAUAAUAAAGACAGUAAGACACGAGCGAGACACGAGCCAAACCCUUCCCCAUCCUGUGGGGCUUAACCGUGACAUAAUGCCGUAAACCCAAAGAGCACAAUGUCACAAAUUUUCCAAACAGCAGAAAACUACCUACAAUGAAGCACAGACUGUCCACAAAACCUCCCAACCACAAGUCCAUUGACAGAUGACAGAUACUGAACAACCCCGCAAAACACACAUUAUCACUAACUAUCAUGAGCCAAACCCUUCCCCAUCCUGUGGGGCUUAACCGUGAGAAAAUGCCGUAAACCCAAAGAGCACAAUGUCACAAAUUUUUCAAACAGCAGAAAACUACCUACAAUGAAGCACAGACUGUCCACAAAACCUCCCAACCACAAGUCCAUUGACAGAUGACAGAUACUGAACAACCCCGCAAAACACACAUUAUCACUAACCACUCAUGUCGACAUCCAUGCAGAAGAAGGAAAAAGAAUGAUAAAUUACUGCCCAAUGGAAUUCGAAAUUAAUAUGUAGGAAGGUGAGGGUAAACCAUGCCUUGAUAUCAUGCUCGUUUUAGCAUCCUACCUGCUAAAAGUGCUCCAAGCCAAGCAUAGGUCCACCCUGAGAGUUACAACCCCAAAAUUUACUGAUUAAAAUUAUUGGAAGAAGACAAGAACCACAAAGCAUUGUGCAAUCUAAAUUCCGAAAAACAAUUAACCGGUAGGAGGGUCAAGUUACCGAUGGCUUGACAUUAUGCUUGUUUUACCAUCAACUCUGGCUACCUCUUCCCAUAAGAGUUAGAAACUCCAAAAUUACAACAAACAGAGAAAGCCAAGUAAAAUGGAACACCAAAAAACUAGAAGACCUAUCAUAUAACCGACUACUCCAUGCUCACAUAUACAAAUCUAAGUUCUUCCAACAAACACCUGUUGUUUUCUGAAGAUCCAAAAAGUAAGACAGACGGGAUAACAAUACACUCCAAUUUAGACGAUGCUGAAACAACUCUCCAACCAUCGAAGGCAGCAGAACGGCACAGCUUACUAAUUGCUGCAACAGCCCGCUGAGUCAAUUACCAAGAGAAAACAUCAGCUCAAGAUAAAAGUUAAUCACAAAUAGGCACCAUCUGGUGAAACGAAUUGAAAUCUUAAAUGUAGCUAAGAAGUAAAUGGAAGAGAACUUAGUAAGAUAAGGUUCCUGCAUCGACGGGAUGAUACGCAGAACAGCCCAAAGCAACACCUUGCAGCAAUCCAGAUGAUGCAGUACAUCAAAACGAACUUACUAAAAUAAGCCAGCUAUAAAAUCAAGAAAUCAAC